AUGUCAACGACCGCCGUACCAAAGUUCAGCCCUGGUGAAGCUGUGACGGAGAAAGAUGGGUUGAUCCAUGGCGUUUCGGCGCAGGAGCUGCAGGUUUUGGGCGAGCAGUGCUUUGAUGCUAGGGCGAGGGCUUAUUGCCCAUACUCGCUCUUCCGCGUCGGCGCAUCCCUCCUCCUGACCACCUCCUCCGCAACCGAUACUUCCGCAGCCCACACUAUCAUCGGCGCAAACGUAGAAAACGCGGCCUACCCCGUUGGAACAUGCGCUGAGCGUGUCGCCAUGGGUACCGCUGUCAUCGCAGGCCACCGCAUCGGAAGCUUCAAGGCUGUUGGUGUUACAACCGACAUCGACGACUUCUGCUCGCCGUGCGGAAUGUGCAGACAAUUCUUGCGCGAGUUCCUCGCACUAGAGACACCCAUCUUCAUGUUUAACAAGGAAGGAAAGUGGAUUGUGAGGACAAUGGGCGAGCUGCUUCCGCUCAGCUUUGGACCCGACGUGCUGCCACCAAGGGAAAAGCUGAGGCAGAACCAGGAAGAUGAUAAAGCGAAGACGGCAUAG